UGUAUGCGUCAUACGUAGAAUAAUCACUUGGGGCAGGCUAGCUCCUCCUAUUAAAAAAUCAGAAGGGUGAAGAUACUUCGAUAUCUGCAGUGCUGCUUUCCUGUUGACUCGCACUUUGUUGCAAAAUCGCAUUCGUAGCUAUGGCCAGCAGCAUGAUUCUGUACUGGGGCUCCGGCUCCCCUCCUUGCUGGAGAGUCAUGAUUGCUCUGGAAGAGAAGAAUUUGCAGGGUUACCAGCAGAAGCUGCUAUCUUUUGAGAAAAAUGAGCACAAGUCAGAGCCAGUUAUGGCGAUAAAUCCCAGAGGACAGCUUCCCUCAUUCAAGCAUGGUGAUAAUAUAAUUAAUGAAUCCUUUGGCGCCUGUUUAUAUUUGGAGAAUCAGUUCAAGUCUCAGGGCACCCAGCUGAUCCCUGAUUCCUCAGCAGAGCAAGCGCUUGUUUACCAGAGAAUGUUUGAGACGCUUACUCUCCAACAAAAAAUGGCUGAUGUCAUUUAUUAUACGUGGAGGGUUCCUGAGGACGAGCGUCACGACUCUGCUGUGAAGAGGAACAAGGAGGCUCUGAGUGCCGAGCUGCAGCUCUGGGAGGGCUACUUUCAGAAGAUGGAUGCUGGGUCGUAUGCGGCAGGAAGAAACUUUACAAUGGCUGAUGUCAUGGUUUUUCCACAGAUUGCUUAUGCAUUCCGCUUUGGGUUGUCCCCGGAGAAGUUCAUCAAGUUAGGAGAGUACCAUAAUCUAGUGAAGAAGCGCCCCAGUGUCGAGGCUUCCUGGCCACCUCACUGGAAAGAAAACCCCCAGGGGAUGGACAUUCUCAAAGACUUCUAAUUCAGCGUCACCCGUGAAGAGUAGAAGUAAAGGACUUUCUGUCUACCUUACUGACCGAAAUGUUAUGUAAUUGAUUCAUGUAAGACUCCUAUUCUAUACAGUACCAUAUCAUUUAUGAAGUGUCUCCUUUUCAGCAUUAAGCUUAAGAAAAACCACAGUUUUGUGGUCUUGUAAAGUCUAAACAAGUUAGAUUUAAAACAGAGUUUGGAAUCAAGUGUGAUUUAGGUUUUCAACACUUCUAGGUUGUUCAGAAAAAAAAAAAAAGUUCAGAUAUAUAAUUUCAUUUAUAUCACCGAUUUAAAUAGCACAGUGCUAGAACUUGCUUGUCAGAAAUUGUUCGAUUUGUAGCAUAUCAUUAUAGAAAGUGGUUGCCAUGCCUUUGAAAAACUGAAGUGGCCUUAUCAUAAAAAUGCACUACAAACAGUAAAAAAUAUCUUUGUGUUUAAAACAGUAAUGUUACAUAGUUUGUUAGUUCUGUAAUCUGUGUCGUUGCACUAAAAUUUAAUCUUUAAUAUAAUUAAAACUUUC